AGGCGCGAAUCGUGACGAUUGUGCUACAUCGCUUUGAGAAACUUCACUCUUGGUGCUCUUUCUCCUUAUAAGAUUGGAACAACGUUGGCUAGAUAUCGUUUGAAAUGGCCGAAGUAGCCACAAAUGAGCACCUCUCCCUUCUCAAAGGCCUUUAUCCUACGUCAUCGUUCGAUAAGGUCGCCGAAUAUGUGGAAAAUCCGUGGUACAUCGUUACAGCUGUUGCAUUUAGUGCCAGCAACAGACCCGACGCGGUCGCGCUGGUGUUCAAGUUCGUCAUGGCUGGACUCAGUGCACUUUCUGGAUCUCACGAUGAUAAGCAACUUGUGGUACUCAGGAUGCGCGAAGCCAUCUUCAAAGCUGGACUGAUUAGUGGGUACUCCCGGGCUAUUUCUGCCUUGAUAGCACUGAAUGAAGUAACACCCGAGGAAUUCAAGUAUAAAAAACUACUCAGAGAAGUUGAUAACGACAAAGUCUCUGACUUGGUCUCUCGGGGAGACGGACUAUUCGAAGCAAUGUACGGCACCACAGCGGCCCCUGUGCAGACUCUCCUCGAAGAGAUCCAUCCUGACAUGGGGUGGUUCUCCAAGAACAUUGCUUAUGGAUACGUUUAUCAAACCGUAGGGAUUCUUUCUCAACGUGAUACGUCGUAUGCUAUCGUGGCUGCCCUCAUCGCGAUGGACACACCCCGUCAAAUUGGAUGGCAUCUUGCAAACUGUAAACGCGGGGGUGCGAGACAUGAGGAAAUAUGUUCAAUUCGUGACAUAUCGAUGAGAGUGGCGAGUGCAUGUGGGGUAAAAUGGCGUGAUGGUGUCCCCGAAGUGCAAGCGGAUGAGUAGUAACUUGUCAGUAUGACCUUGCAGGUGAAAGAAGGUUUGGCAGGAAUGUAAUACUUUGAAAGUGACACACACAUACAGUAAC